AUGAAGUAUAUUUAUUUUUUUUGUUACGUGUCUAUAUGUAAACCUUUACAGUACGUGACUUUAGUUAAAAUGUCUACAGUUAGAAAACUCUUAUUUAUCUGCUGGUUUGUUCCUUCAUGUGAGAUUGGUGUAGGCGGGAUUCUGACAUAUCAGCUGAAUUUGUGUAAAUUUAAGUUAAACAGAAUCUACUGUAAUAACAGUGCCAUUGCUAAAUUAAGCUGUGGAGGAACAUCUGCAAAAACCACAUAUGGAAUGAUAAUCUUCAGCAUUGCUGUUUUUCCACCGGUGAUUUUUGUAAUCUACUCCUACAUUGGGAUAUUAAUCGUCUGUUUAAAGAGUUCAAAAGAAUCCAGAAGAAAAGCUCUUCAGACCUGCUUCCCUCAUCUGAUCAUCUUCACCAGUUUCACCUGCACCUCAUGUUUUGAGGUUAUAUACGGCAGAUUAGACACUAAUAUACCUCAACUGGCUGCUAUGGUUUUAUCAGUUGAAAACCUAGUUAUUCCUCCUUUACUCAAUCCUAUUGUUUAUGGGUUAAAACUGCAGGGGAUUCUGAACUGCAUUAAGAAGAUGUUCUUAAAAAAUAAAACACACAUCGUCUUUUAGAGUAGACUUUUUUUCUUUUACCGUUUUAUGCAAUGCAACCUAUAGGCUAACACUUGUUGUAAAAAUGAAAAAGUUGAGAAAAUUAACAUUCCUCCUUUUCUAAAUCCUGUUAUUUACAGAUUUUCUGUAGGAUUAAGAGAAUGUUCUUGAAAAACAGAACACAUAUGCUGUUCUAGAUACACAGAAUAUCACUACUUUAUAAUGCAUACUGUACAGUGUACACUUCAGGGGCUCCAAAAAGUAAAAAAAAAAAAAA